AUGGGGGCGUCCAAGUCGAACCGGGAGGUGGUGGAGUCUCUGUAUGCCUCGCUGGCCCGUGGCGACGCGGUGACAGUGACGAAGUUGCUGGCGGCAGACUUGGACUGGUGGUUUCACGGUCCGCGUCGGUGCCAGCACAUGCGCCGUCUUCUCACGGGGGAGGCGGCGGGCGUCGCCGCGUUCCGGUUCGCGCCUGUGAGGGUGGCAGAGGUCGGCGCCGGUCUCGGAGAAGACGGGUGGGUGGUGGCAGAGGGGUGGGCUGGGAAGCAAGACUACUGGGUACACGCGUGGUGCCUUCGCGCCGGAGUCAUCACGAGCUUCCGUGAGUACUUCAACACGUCGGUGAUUGUGAGGGAACUGGGUCGGGCAGCGAAGGAGGAUGUGGUAUGGGCCGUGUGGGAGAGCCAGUCCACCAGCCUUAAGGGCCGCUCCAUGCCAGGCCUAGUGCUCGCAAUAUGA